AUGUAUAAUAACAGUAAUUAUUUAUCUCAAAACAUUCAGUACGAAAACAUGCCACAGUUUUACGCUAAUUAUAAUUACAGUAAUUUAUAUGAACAGCCACAAGUAAAUAGAUACAACGAUUCAUCAGGAUUUAAUAAAACAUUUGAAUACAACCAAUCAGAUGUUACGAGUAAUCAAUUAGUUAUUGAUGUUUAUCAGCGAGAAAAAGAUACUGAGUUGAUAAAUAAUUUUAUUGAUGAGAAUUCAAAUUUGAAAGCUGACAAAAAGUUUAAUCAUAAAGAAAAAAAUAAAAAACUUGGAAUUACCCAAAUAAAAUCAUUACUGUCGUCAAUAAAUAAAUUGAAUGUUAAUUUGAAAGAAGAAAUUUCAAGUUUAGAAGAAGAAAAAUUCAAAUUAGACACUGAGGAAUUAAAUGAAAAAUUACAGAAAUGUAUGAGAAUAAAAAUGGAAGUAGAAAAGUUGUCUUUGAUGAUACGUGAAGAUGAUGUAAUUUUGAAAUUUAAAAAACUUAUUGAUCAGCGCAAGAAAAAAAGGAUGAGAGAAAAAAAGUUGAGGGCUAAAUGGAAAGCUAGUAAAUUAUUGGAUGCUGAGAGAAGAGAUCGCUUACAUGCUGCGGCAGAUGCUUGGAUUAGAGAUAAACAGGAUGUCAUUGAGCGGGAAAAACAAGAAGAAAAUUUACGCAAAGAUGCAGAUAUGAUUUUAUCAGACAUUCGUAAUAAACGUAGUGAUGCAAGGAAAUAUUUAUCUGUACUUAAUGAACUUAAAAACUUACGUAAAGUUAAAUCAGCUAAUGCUCGUGCACGAGGUGAAAAAUUGUCUGUUGCUGCUGACCAAGCUUUUGAAAAUAUCAUUGUUCAAUUAAUUGAACAGUGGUCAAAACUUGAUCGUGAAUAUUCAAUUGAAGAACAUGGAUUAAAAUUAAUGCUACAAACAGACAAUGAAAAAGUGAUAACACGACAGAAAAAAAAUAAUUUUGAUGAUUGGGAAGUAGCUAUUUUUGGACGUAAACUUUCACCAGUUAAUAACGGAGUUAAAAAUGACUUCAAUAAAUUUGUAAUGAUUAGAUUUAUGUGGGAUAGAUAUAUAAAUUACCAUGGGGAAGGAAGACGUAUCCCAAUAGGUUGGGUAAUGCCAGAAUUCCCAUCGUCCGCUGCAUGGCAAAAAUGCCUCAAAAAAAUAUAAUCACUAAUGAUAAAGCUUACAUAAUUAUUUUUCAAGCUAAUUAUUUAACUAUUAAUUCUUGUAAUAUUUGGUAAUGAUUUUUAUUAAAAGAAAAAAAAAUAUAUAAAUAUUUA